AUGCAGCUCGUGCUCAUGCAAGAAACGGAGCAAAAGAUUGAGUCAGACAGGAAGCAUGAGGAGCUGAUCAGUAAGUGGAAGAAGCAACUGGAGGUGAAGGCGCGGGCAUUCGAGUCGCUACAGAAGAAACUCGCGCCUCCAAGGGACCUGGAGCAGCUCCGCAUCAAGAUUCAGGAGGAGCUGGAGGGGCCAUAUCAACAACGGAUUGAUAACUUGCAAGAUGAGAUGGAAAGACAGCGCCAAAUGAGUUUUGAUAUGCGUCGUGAGUAUGAGGCGCUUAAAACAGAGUACGAACAGUUUUUGAUCGAUCAGGGCAACGAGAUGGAGUGCCUUCAAGAGACCUAUGAAGUGACGUUGAACGAUCUGAGACGCAAGUUGCAACUUGCCGAAGAAACGGCAGCUAACUCUCAGCACGUCGAAAAGGUCCGACGACUGGAACAGCAACGGGAGGCAGCACAGAUUGAAAUUAAGGCUCUACGCGACGAAGUCCGUGACGUGCGAGACGAGUUUCAACGAGUAUCUGAGCAAAGUGAAAAUGAGAAAAGCGCUCAUGAGCUGCGCUUAGCCGACGAGGCGACACGUAAUGCAACACUAGAGUUAGAUCUAAAGGCUUGUGGACGUCAACUCACCAGAGCAAAAGACGAAUGCGAGAGCAUUCGCUCCAAAUGGGAACACGCACAAAACAAACUGCUUGAAUUGACAUCUGAGAGCGAGAGUCUACGAGAGCAACUAAAGCAAAAAGAAGCGCUCAUCUUCAGCAGCCACAAUUCACUCUCGAUGAAACUUCGAGACGAACGAGCCAUAUGGGAACGGGAGCAGGCCAACUUGAAGGAUCGUAUAAAUGAGUUGACGCUCAAGCUUCAAACAGCUGAGACUGCAGCACAAAAGAACUCCAGCGCAGCUACCCAACUACGGGAAAAUGACAGUAAUAAUGUAGAACAUUCUCUUCUCGUAAAAGCCAGAGAAGAUGAACUUGAGAAAUAUCGAGGACUUGUUGCAGAGGCAGAAAAGAAGGUUGCAGCUCAAGAGGAAGCUCUUCGUCGUUGUCAAAACGAAGCUGAAGAAACUACCCAUAAGCUACAAAUGGAAAAUGAGAGUUUACAGAAAAUGGUUCAGGCCCUCGAAGCUGAAAAGGAGGUCAUGGUAGCCAAGCAGACAUCGUCGCAAGAGCUGAUUUCUCGGAUGAAGACAGAGUGCGUAGCACUGCGUACCAAGCUAAAGGAAGUAGAAAACGACUAUCGCACUCUUCAGUCGAAGCACAGGGAGGUUAUUCAGUAUCAGGAAGACGUACAGCUCGAAAGAGAAGAAGCUCAAGGAAAGCUCAAAUAUAUGGAACAGGACUAUGCUGUGUUAGUGGAGAAACUUGAUAAAGAAAAGGAGAACCAUGUCGCCACGGCACGAGAUUUGCAUAGGAAAUGUACCAAACUGGAAAGUGAAUUUCAAGCCCAACGUGCUGCGUUACAACGUGAGACUCGCGCUGCUUUAUCGAAAGCGCUAAGGGAGCUAAGCAAAGCACAGAAAAAACGCGACGCUUAUAAACGCAAAUGCUUGGAGAUUCAUGAAAGCUACAAGCAGCUAGUGGACGAGGCAAACCGCCGAGAGGCUAAGCUACUGCAGUGCAGACAGGAUCACACAGCUGAGUUACAGCAGCUACUUGCUCAGCUUUCGGAGGCGGAAAGCGAUAAAACAGCGUUGAUGCAGCGCCAGAUAGAGCUUGGAUUUCCACCAAGCAUUUUCACGAAAAAGACUGCGGUGCUUCGAUCAACGGAACCUCCUGAAGAAUGACCAGAUAACCAACGCAGAGGAAUAAGGAAAGC